AUGUCGCCUUUUGGUCCAAACUUUCAAUGGUUUCGCGACUCGCAACGUUGGACCCUUUCUUGCCGUCACACAGAUGGGAAGAAGGGAUGGGGCGAGAGAUUCAAGACACACGACUUCUUGUCAUUUGUCUGCAGAAACCCGGAGACGGUGCACGGUGGGGGCGAAGUGCAGGCUGCCGAGAGUUUUAAUGAUGGUGAGCUCACCCUGCCCACCAAGCCACCCACUGCUGUGCUCAAAUAA